AUUCCAAUAUCAAUGCGUGGAAAACAUCAAAAAAUAAAAAGUUUGUUGGGUAAUGAAGAUAUUCAUCAAAUGAUUACAGAAUAUCUUUGGAGUGUUGGUUGUGAUGUAACAGUAAAUGGGUUUAAGACUUACAUUGAACAGGAAGUAUUUCCAAGUGUAGGAAUUGAAAGAAAAAAAACAAUUUCUGAUAAUACAGCACGUGCUUGGUUAAAAUACUUUGGAUGGGAGUUUCAU